AUGAUUUGUUCACAUCGAAGUUAUUUGACAACGAGAUACUGGAUCGUGUAUUCGCAACACGAAUUACACGGUCAUUAUGUUAUAAUUCCACCUGGUGUGUGUGUUAGUGAUUUAAGGGAAAGAGGAUUUUGGUCAGUGGGCUCUGCACUUAAAUGCGUAAAACUAAACCAAGUCAAUCAUCAUUUUUACUGUCACAAUCCGCGAAUAACAUGGUUGCCGAUCAAUCAAUCUCCAUUCGGACCACCACCGUUUCCCGAUCCAUUUGAAGAUCUCCAGCAGAUUAAUUAUCGCUAUCAACCAAAUAAUAAUACGACAACUGAAGUGCCUUUAGCUUAAAAUCUAUAUUAUAGAAACCUUUCACCGUUAUACAAUUUUUCUAACAAACACUACAAUAUGAAAUAAUCAAAAUAUAUUUUGCAAACGUACUUAGAUGGUGAUACUUA